ACAUCCCAUGAUUUUGGGAGAGCACACUGAGACAUCCAGACUAUCAUUUUGCUGCCUGUGAACUUUGAUGCGUUUUACCCAACCGGUUUUUUUCAAAGAGUCCUGCCUCCUCUGGUCUGUUGGUCACAGCUGCCACAAUGUGCCUUCUCAUAGCUGCUCUGCUGUUUGUAGUGAUUGGUUCUGCUACCUGUGCUGAUUUUGUGGCACCUCUGAACAUGGAUGGGGUCACAGGUCUCGUGAGUUUUAACUCAACCUCUCAGACAGCUCUUGUUAACAUCUCUGGUGCUGGAUCCUGUGGUUCACUUAACUUUUCCCUAAGUGAGUUUCCUGUCAUGUACGGCCACUUCAGGGAUGCUUGUUCUGAGGCAAACAUCGGCCCCAGUAUCUUCACCUUUCAGGCAGAUCCCUCAAUAAAUAGCCCCAUUAACAUGUCACUUCUCUUUGGGCAAAGAUCAAAUCUGGAUGACCUUUCGCUGUCUUUGCAGACAUGUAAUGGUACCAAAGUGUGCACAGUUGUGAGUCAAAGUCAAACAACCUCAACUCUACAGGCCAGGUUCACUGACUCAAUUUCAGGAAACAUUUAUAUACGACUUAAUAUGAACAAUGCCAAUCCCAGGCUGCUUACAGACCUAACAACAGUUGACUCGAGCACUUCACAAACCAAUGUCACUCUUUUUGGAUCUCUAAGCACAGCUCCAAGUUGUGACGUCCUUCUUGGAAAUGGAGCUCCUACAGCUUUGAUAGAUCUAGGGGUGGUAAAAGUUGGGCUUCCUUCGCGACUAGAUCUUCAUUCCUUCAACUCCUCCCACAAAUUUCUGCUGUACAGAAUUGGGUCAACGUACAAGUGUGCCCAGAUUUACAACCUUCCUGGAAAGCAGGUGAGGGCCACGGUGAACAUGAAAGGGAUUAAGGGGUACUUCAGCUUCUUUCAGGCUUCACCAUUUGAUCUGACUAGUAUUACAGUGAACCUCACAAACUUGGACAAUAGAGUUGGCCCAUACCAUGUUCACCAAUUUCCUGUACCAAAUUCAGUUGGAUCAAGCUUGUGUUCAAAUGAUAAUGUUGGUGGUCACUGGAAUCCAUUUGGAAUUGACACAACAAGCCAAUCCUACCCAAAGGGGCCAGGAUCCACACAUGACAAGUAUGAGAUGGGAGACCUCAGCACCAAGCAUGAGUCUCUAAAAGAUAAAAACGAGUUCUCGAAAACAUUCACAGAUUUUAAUCUGCCUUUAUUUGGGCUGAAUAGCAUCGUAGGUCGCUCUGUUGUGAUUCACAACCAAACAGAUAAUGCGAGAUUUGCAUGUGCCAGUAUAGGCUAUCCUGGUGAGGUUACUGUAGGCAAAGCCAUGUUUCAGAGUCCUGUGGUUGGCGAGGUUUGGUUCACACAGCUAGUAAAUAAUCCUCUUUCAGAUGUAUCUAUCUUUGUGGAUCUUGCGUAUGGAAAUCCUACAAAGACACAAACCCAGAACCACAACUGGCACGUUCAUAUCUUCCCCAUCAGUUCAGAAAGGGAUGAUGAUGAAAAGCGCUGCACCACAACAGGAGGUCAUUGGAAUCCUUUCCAAAUCACAAUCGACAGCAAUUAUGCUGCCAACUGCGGCCCUUCGACUCCAUUAAGCUGUGAGGUAGGAGACCUUGCCAGCAAACAUAGCACCAUUGAUCUUAGUGCAAAUGUAGGGGGUGUGGCCUCAAAACACUUCUUCACUGAUGUCACUUCCUGGGUGCCAGGAAUAAUUGGUCGCUCUGUAGUCAUUCAUGAAGCAGGAAGAGGAGCACCAAGAAUUGCUUGUGCAAAUGUUACAGAAGUGAGGGUUCCCAAAGCUAUCUUAGGUAAAUGGUCUGGUCCUGGGUCGUUUGAUGGUCUGGUGCAAUUCUCUCAGGCUGUGCCACAAGGUCCCACAACCAUACAAGUGUCCUUGAAAAAUCUGGGCUCAAUAGCUGGAGGAUAUCAUGUCCACAUGUUGCCCCUCAUACCUGGCAGCGCUAGCCCCUGUUCAAACGCAGACAUCCUAGGACAUUUCAACCCAUUAGCUUGGAAUGUUUCAAAUUCUCCUUUACCUGGUGUGGGUAGUGUAGACCAAUACGAGGUAGGCGACAUCAGUGGGAAGUUUGGGAUGUUGACUGGGAGAACCAGCUUUGAUGCAGUCUACGAGGACCCAAGCAUGCCACUUACUGGACCUUACAGCAUCGUUGGGAGGUCUCUGGUCAUUCAUCACACCAAUUCAACAAGACUGAGGUGUGCGGACAUCAUAGCAAAUACAAGCACAGGAGGACAACUGAUCACUUCCAAGGCUGUUUUCAAUGGUUCGGUAGCUGGAACAGUCCAACUGCGGCAGCAGAUGUUUGCUGAUGGAAGCUACAGCGAUGUUACACUGGAUGUGAAUCUUCAAGCAUCUACAAGAGCAAAUCUUCUUCAAGCGUCAUUGUUCGUUGGAAGCAACCGUAUGAAUGGGACCCUGUGUGACUCGGUGGGAGGCACAUUCAAUCCUUUCAACAUGCCACCAAAGAGCUCCAGCUGCUCUUUGGAAAACCCUCUGAGUUGUGUGGUGGGGGAAAUAUCUGCAAGACAAGGCAAUGUGAGCCUGACUCAGAGGCAGGUCUUCUCCGACAGCGUCAUCCAGCUCUCCGGGGACAACACAGUUGUGCACAGAUCUCUUGUGCUAAAGGAUGGUGACACCAUCGUUGCAUGCGCAGACAUCCUCCCAGACUCCCCAUCAUCAGAGCAGACCUUCCCCAAUGUCACGAACUUCAGCCGGUUUGAUUUCCGUAGAAGGGUGGCAGACGUCCUCCAGCUGGAAACAGCAAGAGUCACCAUCCUGCCCGGCUCUCCCUUCACUGUUCAGGGCAGCGACUGCCUGAGGGUCAACUACAUGGUGUCCGGUGAGGUCAGCGCAGAGCAGCUGAGCUCUGUGAAAACCAGCGCGGCCAUGGGAGUAUUCAAGGAGUCGGAUGUGUGCACAAAGUCUACAGGAGGUGCGGGCCUGCUGCUGCCGGGACGGCUCCUUCUGGCUCUGAUGUUUUCUGUUGCCUUCCUGCUGCCGUCCACAGCGUAGAGAAACAAGCACCACCAGUCAAGACACAGGGACACUAAUUGUAAAAUCUGAAUCUGGCUGUGACAGCUCCAGCCCCCUGUAGCUUCAGGCGGGUUUGGAAGAUGAACAGAUAUGGUUAUGAAGUGUUGUUGUGGACAUCAGAAAAGACGUUACGUAUUUCUUUGUAUAUAUUCCAACAGCAUACUGAGCUCUUUCAUUUUUUUAUUUUACAUGUUGAGUGAGGUAUUUUCUAUAAGACCAGCUCUGUUCUCCAUGAACCUUUGAUGCUUUUGGUUUUGGAUCCAAUUCUUACUUCUGUUGACUUGGGCACAAAUUACUGGUUUAUACCUCCUGGGUUCUUAUUCAUGCAUUACUUUUGUUUGAUUUAAAGGUUUUUUAUUUAAACUUGUAAAUAAAGGCACAAAUGUUGUACCUUGA